GUCCCCCCGCUCCUCCAGUCCAAGCCCCUUGCCUUCUUUCUCAACCCACCUCUCUCUCUUUCACACACGCCUCUCCAUCUCUCUUCCUGCCUGAGGCAGCCAUUUCCGCUUCCGAUCGUGGAGGGAGGCUUGGAGUGGAAGGAGGAAAAGGAGGCAGCUGCUGGUUUUCGGUGCGGCGGAGAUGUCUGAGGUGUCGGUGAUAAACCAGGCGGAGGUGGAGGAUGCGGGUGCCGCCGGGCAGCUGGACCUGCCGCCGGGCUUCCGCUUCCACCCCACCGACGAGGAGAUCAUCUCGCACUACCUCACCCACAAGGCCCUCAACCACCGCUUCAUCUCCGGCGUCAUCGGCGAGGUCGACCUCAACAAGUGCGAGCCAUGGGACCUCCCAGGCAGGGCCAAGAUGGGGGAGAAGGAGUGGUACUUCUUCUGCCACAAGGAUCGCAAGUACCCGACGGGCACGCGGACCAACCGCGCCACCGAGACCGGCUACUGGAAGGCCACCGGCAAGGACAAGGAGAUCUUCAGGGGCCGCGGCAUCCUCGUGGGCAUGAAGAAGACGCUCGUCUUCUACCGCGGCCGCGCGCCGCGGGGAGAGAAGACCGGCUGGGUCAUGCACGAGUUUCGCCUUGAGGGCAAGCUCCCGCAGCCGCUCCCGCGCUCCGCCAAGGACGAGUGGGCCGUGUGCAAGGUGUUCAACAAGGAGCUGGCGGCGAGGACCGAGCCAAUGGCGGCGGCUGUGGCCGGCGCCGAGCUCGAGCGCGUCGGUUCGCUGGGCUUCCUCAACGAGCUCCUCGACUCCGCGGAGCUGCCGGCCCUCAUCGGCGCCGACGUGGACGAGGUGAUCGACUUCAAGGGCCCCGCGUCCACCUCCGGCCUGCACGCCGGCGCGCCGGGCACGAGCUACCUUCCGGUGAAGAUGGAGGAGCACGCGCUGCUGCAGCAGAUGCAGUACCAGCAGCAGCCGCCCCCGAUGUUCUACUCGAGCCAGUACUUCUCGCUGCCGGCGAUGAACUCCGGCGACCUCCCUCCGGCGAUCCGGAGGUACUGCAAGGCGGAGCAGCAGGUGGUGUCGUCGGGGCAGACGGCGUCGGUGGUCAGCCCGUCCCGCGAGACCGGGCUCAGCACCGACCGCAACGCGGCAGGCGGCGGCUACGCGGAGAUCUCGUCGGCGGUGACCCCGUCGUCGUCGCACCAGUUCCUGCCCGAGCUCGACGACCCGGUCCUCAACCUCGCCGACCUCUGGAAGUACUGAACGACGAUGGAUCGAUCGACCGGUGGCUGGCGCUGGCGGGCCGCCCACCCGCCUCGCGGCCUCGCCCGAUCACAUGAUUUGGUUGGUUAAUUGCUUGAUUUGAUUGAUUAUCUUGGUCUGUUCUGGGAUUGGGGUUGGUGACGGACCGCUGAUGCAUCGUCGUCACCUCCGCCAAGUCCGGCCUCAACUGACCUCGGGUCUGACUAGAUUAUUAUCCGUCCAGACCGCCAGGGGAUUAGGGCCUCCGAUCCUUGUUAAUUAAUCCCCCACCCAUCCUAGGUUCCUUGUCUUGGUCUCUGUACAUAGUACUACUACUCUGAUUGUGUCAUUAGCAGUAGCAUGAUUACUGAUAGGAUUAAUGAAAUGGGGGGUAGAUUAGGGGGGGCCUGCAUCUGCGUCAGCCGUCAGCAGUGCAGUGCAGGGGGGAUUUUAUCGAAUUGAUUAGUUAAUUUUGGGCGCUUGAUGAGCCACCAGCUAGCGCUAGCUUUAUACUACUACUAUGUACAUGUACUACCAUUAAUUGCUGCUUGAGCUCGACAUGCCAUUAUGUGAUGAAUUUGAUGCUUCAGUUAACCUCU